AUUGUAAUAAGAGAAGAAAUCGGUGCGAUUGACUAUGGCAAUUUCUUUUUCCCAAUUGCGAGAUUUGCUAGAUUCAAAUGGAAGUAUAUUGAUGCGGAUGGUUCUAGUGUUUUAUCCAUCAUUCUCAGUGCCUUUUAUCGCCCGAGUAAUGCUCCUGUUCAAUGCGAUUACAGAAAAGGUGAAUCAUCUAGUGCUAAGACCUAUUUGGGGUUGGAUUGUUUGGGUGAUGAGCAAAAUACAGAAAGCCGUCCUGUUGUAUUGGCAGUCAACGAUAAGACCUCUGUUGGAUCCGGUUGUAGAGAAGAUGAGUAAUGCAUGGGAAGAUCUCAUGCUGUAUUUGCUGUCGAGUGUGAGAGUUGUGCGGGAUCGGAUUGCCAGUAAGAUGAGAAAUGCGUCGGAAGCUCUUGAGAUGCAUCUCACCAAUGAUGCGGAAAUGGGUCAACCGAUGGCCAAGCUGAUCGGCAAACUUGCCUUGCUAUCCACAACGUUUUUUCUGCAAGGAUCAGAGUUACUAAAACACUCGAAAUCCUCUCUCGGAGGUGGGGCUGCACGUCAAAUUCAACAUUGAACUUCACUUGUUUUAUUCUAGCAAUUUGUUUUGAAAAAUUUUAUGAUAAUACCUUGAGGAACAUUGGUGCUGCAUUCUGUAUGGCUGUUUUUAUUCUAAGUCUGCAGGUGGUGUUACGCCCACGAAUAGACCUCGGUUUAUUUG